AUGGAAAUCACACCAGCAUCAAGCAUUUAUACACCUACGAGAAAUCGGUCACGGUCAAGAACUAGAAAUAGUACUGCUAACUCCAGGUCGACUAGCGCAACCAGAAGACCUUCACUUGGUCCUUCCAGACGAUCUUUGAGUAGUCUGUCAUUACCACGUUUGUCCACCCUAGAAAAGGGAGGGGAUAAGCCAGUUAAUUCUGUUCUGACUACCUUGGAUAAUUCUUUACCAUUAGAGUUUUUCAAACAAGAUGUUAUUGCAUUGAUUAAAGUAUUAAAAAUUAGCAAAUGGCACAAACGUACAUUGUUACCUGCUAAUUUGUCCAUUAACCGUAUCAGUGGUGCAUUGACAAACUCAGUUUACAAAUUGGAGUAUCGCGAUUCCGAAAAGACAUUACCACUGUUAUUAUUACGUGUAUAUGGUAAGUCUACUGAACUGAUUAUUGAUAGAGACCUGGAAUUGAAUUGUUUAAUUAAGUUGAGUCUGAAGAAAAUUGGACCUCGUAUGCUCGGAAUUUUCACUAAUGGUCGGUUUGAGCAAUUCUUGGAAGGCUUUAGAACUUUAAACAAAACUGAUAUUAGGGAUAAUGUAUUAUCUCAAAUAUUGGGGAGACGUAUGAAAGACUUACAUUAUAAGAUGGAUUUGGACAUUGAGGAUUUAGUAAGUGAUUUACCCACUUGUUGGAAAUUCAUAUACAAAUGGAUGAAUGUUUUUGAGAAUGAUUGUUUAGCUGAUUACCUGGAAGAAUUGCAAGAGAAAGUUUUCCUCAUGUCAUUUGCCGAUUUCAAAAAGUUAAUCUUCAAAUAUAAAAGUUGGUUGUUUGGCAAAUACGACAAUGAGCGUAUUCCUUCAAACUUCAAAUUUUGUCAUAAUGAUGCUCAAUAUGGUAAUUUACUUUUGCAUGAGCUGUUUGAUAAAAGUGAGGUACUUGUCAAAGAUGGUAGUGAAAAUGACAGUGAAUUUGUUUCCACCUCACACAACCGUGAUAACAAUUUGGUAGUUAUUGACUUUGAGUACCUGGGUGCAAAUUUCCCUGCUUUUGAUUUGGCUAAUCACUUUUGUGAGUGGAUGGCAGAUUACCAUGACGAAACUCGUUCCUACUAUAUGGAUGAAAACAAAUUUCCUACUAAGAAUCAGCAAUUGAAUUUCAUCAAGAGUUAUGUUGAAUAUGACUUCCAGUACCCCACUUCGAAUUUGAAGACUGAAGCUGAUGAUACCUUGGAAGCAAAAAACUUGAUGGAGUUAAUCAACUUUGAAAUCAAAAAAUUGUAUAAUGAGUGUAUCUUCUGGAGAAGUUCUGUUUCGACUUAUUGGUGUUUGUGGGGUGUUAUCCAGAAUGGUCCCCUUAAUAAAUUAGCAAUUUUAAAUUCCACGCAAGAAAGGGUCGUUGAUUCUACUUAUAGUAUCACAAGCAAUAUGGAGAAUUUAGUCAUUUCAGAGACUGGAACACCUCCAUCUGCUGCUAAUGAUGAUGGCAUUGUAGUAGAAGAAGCUAUUACAUCAUCGGAUGAUGACUUUGAUUAUUUGAAAUACGCUGGGCAAAAGGCAGCUUUAUUUAUUGGAGAUAGUUUGCAAUUUGGUUUGUUGGAGAAGCUGGACUUGAGCCCUGGGGCCCUUGCAGCUGUCAAAUAUAUGGACGCAAAGCCUUUUGAAUUGUAG